AUGAUUUAGUCUAUAAAGUUUUUUAAGAAAAAAUAUUUAAUCUAGAUCCAAUGUAACUAGUAUUUUACAAAAUAAAAACAAUAACAUUUUUACUUGUCUGAAUAGUGUUUAUCUUAUUAUGUGCUUGAGUCUAGACAUGACGAAGGUAGUAAGUAGUUGGAACGUACUCUACAUUUACUCUUGUCUUGUUAGACAUGACAUUGCCAGUAAUGGAGUUGGAAAUAUAGCUGGCUCAUCGACUUUUGGGAAGACCUACGCAAUAGCCUUGCCCUGCAUUAAGAACGCCGAGACCCAAGUGCACUUUCAUCUGAUGACUAUCACUUAUGAGACAUUUUACGUGAACUUUACAUCUCACUGGCGUAAUGAAAACAAUGAUUUUGCGAGGUUUCAACUGUCGAGGAAUAAGCAACAUGUGGUAAAAACGUCCCUUGUUUAUAGCUCUGACUCCGAAGUCGAAUUAAGAUGGACCUACUUCCUGACGGCCAUUUUCCCAUUUCAAGUCACGUGUUACGCCCAAGGCAAGCCUGACGCGUUCAUAGAGAGUUUUUUGGCGCUCCCCCUGGAGGCCUGGGGUAAAGUUUAUGUCGUCAGUACCACAAAUUACAGAGCUUCGUUGCAAAUUAUUAACGGUGCCAAAGGUCAGAAGGUCACUGUGUUGCUAGGUUACGUAAGCAAGAAAUACUACGCCCUUUUUAAAAACAUUGAGUUUGGCAGCAACGUAACGAAAUCCAUCUACCUGGAAAGUUUUCAAGCACUUAGUAUACAAUUAUGUCAUGGGGCCAAAGAGAGCGGAGCUUUCACAGGCUCGAAUGUUAAUGCUGAUAAUCCUAUAGCAGUUGUUUGCGGUUCGUGUUACAUAGCAGGAACCUCCAGUUGUAAACAGGGACUGUCACUUGACAUGCCUCCCACUAGUUCAGAGUUUCUGACGAGCUACAUUGCUGCCAAACCCGAGGGAUUUCCAGGCUACUUUCUAGUCAUCGCCUUUGAGUAUCUAACCUCGUUCUCUGUCAGUGGAAGCACUAUGAAUGCAGAUAUGAACAUGGCGUCUGGGGAGACUUUCAAAAAACUUGAGAGUCUGGAAGGUCCUCACGUGAUCAAGUCUAAAGACAAGAAGAAACCGAUUCUGGUGGUCGUGUACUUCAAGUCAACAUGCCGCGUAAGAAACGAUGACGCAAUAACCAGCUUAAGUUACAUCAUACCAACUGGAUUACUGAUGGAUAAUUAUUACUGGCAAACUAAUACGGAUGAGAUUGCUGAGUAUGUCCUGAUAGUCUAUAAACAAGGACAGUCUUUGUUUAUUCUAAUGGAUAUGGUUAACGUCGAAAGAUUAAAUGGUUGGAAAGCAACACGCUAUGGAUCGAUUCACAUUGGUCAGUUUCAGAGUGGACUUGGUGAUCAUCAGUUGUACAGCAUCAACUCUUUUAGGUACGCGGCCUAUUUGUUUGGGUACAAGGUGGACAAUAAGGCAUUGAUGCACAUGAGGCCUGCUGGGAUCGUAGCGAGACCAGGAUACUCUCCCUUUUGUGAGGAGUUCUAUGCUCCUGUCGUAGAAGGAGAUCUGAUAGAUAAUGACUGCGACGGACUUAUUGAUGAAGAGAAAAAAGACAGCAACGUACCUGUUGACAAUGACUACGACCAGAAAGUCGAAGAGGACUACAUGAAAGGAAAUCUAGUAAAUGGCUUUUGGUCCGUGUGGGUUCAGUGGAGCUGUGAAAGUGAAACUGCCACCAGAAAAUACAGGAGCAGAUACUGCAACAACCCGGCCCCCUACAAUGGAGGGAGGGACUGCGACGGCCCCGCUGAUGAGAACAAGGAGGCUAACUGCUAUAACGUCAUGCACGGAAUAGUUGAUGGAGGCUGGGCCGUGAUAAGCUACCACUGUCUUAACUGUCACAUAGGCGAUGUUCGUGCCAGGGUAUACAGGCAAUGUAUUGACCCUGAGCCCAAGAAUGGCGGCAAGCCUUGCACUGGACCGAACGUCUUAGAAGAAGAAUACGAGCCGUGCGUUACACAGUGUGCUCACAAUAAACCGAAGCCCACAACAACAAGAAAGACAACCACAGGGAGGUCUACAACAACAUCAACCUCUACAACUACAAAACUAACAGCGCCUUGGACAACACCAGCUACCCAAGUCUCCAUUACGAAGCUAACCACUAAAUUUAUAACUAUCACUCAGCCUAGAAAACUACCAGGCGUUUGGGGAUUGUGGUCUGAAUGGAAGUGUAUUGAGAACUGCACUGUAACAUCCUUAGUCCGUACGAGGACAUGUGAGGAUCCCCCUGAAGGUCCGAGAUCGUUUGAAUGUCCAGGGUUUAUGUACGAGCUUGGAAAGGGAAGAACUUGCAAUGUCUUUUGUGAAACUUUGUGCCCCACUGGACGCUGGGGCUUCAACUGCUCUAAAACUUGCCGUCAUUGUGGCUUGCCGUGCGAUAAGGAAACCGGAAAUUGUGGCGCAUGCUUGCCAGGUUAUCGAUACCCUCAUUUAGGUUGCCAGGAAGUCUGCGGGGAAUUCACGUUCGGAUACGAUUGUUCUGGUGACUGCUUCAAGAAAUGUGGUGGUCACGAAUGUAUUGAAAAAAUCACCGGGCAAUGUCCCUUUUACAUUGGACGAGGGAAGUAUCUGUUUUAUAUCAUACCAUUACUUCUGAUCAUGCCAAUCAUUUGCUGUUGCAAGAAAAGAUUCGGCAUAGUCCAAGAAAUCUCAGAGACGGCUGACAGUGUCGAAUUUUUGGUCAGUAAGCCAGCGAGCAGCGUUAAAGCUUCGAAAUCAAAAUCCGUUCGAUCCAUGGCUACGAAAUCCAUAACCAGCGCCGCGAAUUAGAAAAAUAUUAUCUUGGACGUCUUAUAGCUGUAGGACAACUCCUACUGUGACAGAGAGAAAUCUCGUCCUUAGAGAUGUUAAUAAUCAAUGACCGUAAUUAUUUUAUUUCUCUUUACUGGACUCUUAAAAAUGAUAUUAAUUAAAAGAUGAAGAACACUU